AUGGCUCCCUUAGCCGAAGUCGGGGGCUUCCUGGGCGGCCUGGAGGGCUUGGGCCAGCAGGUGGGCUCCCACUUCCUGCUGCCUCCUGCCGGGGAGCGGCCGCCUCUGCUGGGCGAGCGCCGGGGCGCGGCGGAGCGGGGCGCCCGCGGCGGGCCCGGGGCUGCGGAGCUGGCGCACCUGCACGGCAUCCUGCGCCGCCGGCAGCUCUACUGCCGCACCGGCUUCCACCUGCAGAUCCUGCCCGACGGCAGCGUGCAGGGCACCAGGCAGGACCACAGCCUCUUCGGUAUCCUGGAAUUCAUCAGUGUGGCAGUGGGACUGGUCAGUAUUAGAGGUGUGGACAGUGGUCUUUACCUUGGAAUGAAUGACAAAGGAGAACUCUAUGGAUCAGAGAAGCUGACUUCUGAGUGCAUCUUCAGGGAGCAGUUUGAAGAGAACUGGUAUAAUACGUAUUCAUCCAACAUAUAUAAACAUGGAGACACUGGCCGCAGGUAUUUUGUGGCACUUAACAAAGAUGGAAGUCCAAGAGAUGGUGCCAGGUCCAAAAGACAUCAGAAAUUUACACAUUUCCUGCCUAGACCAGUGGAUCCAGAAAGAGUUCCUGAAUUGUACAAGGACCUACUGAUGUACAGUUGAAAAGUGAUAAUGUCUUUACUGAAGAACCAAAACAUGACUAUUCUUUCUUAUCACAGUUCCCAUCAUAAAAUAAUAACCCAGGAAGACAUUCAGAACGUUAUGGAGCCUAUACUCCACUGGGAGACUGGAUUUGGAAACAAAAUUGAGAACAAACAAAAAAUAUUCUGACUUGAAGUAGAUCAUGAUCUUUCUUUAUAAGUGGAUUAAGUUCCCGUAGGUACACUGGCUCAGUCCUUACCAGUAGAUUGAAGCUGGAAAUCUGUUAAACUCUGGAUAAUGGGAACCCCACCUAGUUUGCUGCUGGUGCCUUGCUUCUCUGGAUUAUGUUUACUUUAAAAGCUACGUUAAAAGUAGAUACUUCAUGUUGAAGAGAUGGAUUGACAUAGUUGGCCAAUAUUAUUGCUACAUAAAUUCUGAGGACCUUCUAGGAUUUUGCAGGUUAUGGCAUUACAUGUGAAAAACUUGGGUGAAACAUGGGCUAUGAAACGUGCCACACCAAGACGGAACUUUUUAAAAAGGAUGGACCUAUUUAUACAUUUUCAAUUUGCAAAUAUUUAUUAUAUAUAUUUAUUUAUUAAAGAGUCUAUUUUUUACUGGUAUAUGAAGAUAAAACAAAGAGAAAAAAGCCCCAACAAAAAUUCCUUUAUUGUGCCAUUACUUUGUUGUGAUGUCUUGGGCUGUAAAGAAGACAUCAUUAUUACUACACAUUCAACAUAGAACAAGAUCUUGAGUUUCUUUUUGAAAAUAAAGUAUAGCAUAGAUUAUAUAUUUUUUUGCAGUCAGUUGCCUUCUAAAUGUAACAUUGGUUUCUUUGGCCUAGAAAAAUGCUUUAUUGAUUUGUACUGAAUUCAACACAUUUUCAAAAAGGGAAUUAAA